AUGGCUAAGGUCUGUCGAGCCUUCAACAUCCCUGCGAGAUUUCAUGAAUGGUGUUGUUUAUUGAGCGAGCAUCGAAAGAAGGCUGUUGGCAUGCCCCCUACUAGGGACGUCGAAAGGUGGAAGCAGUAUGGUCCUAACUCGAAUGAUAAGCUUGGUGAACGAGAAGAGUCAUCGAUCGAAAUUCCUAAAAAGAGAAAGGAUGCUCCUGAGCCCUCCAAAGAUGAAGUUACGACCUCGCGAGCAAGAGAUAUGUCUCUGCUAAGAAAGAAAUUGAGACUUCCUUAUGCUGUGAUCAACUCUUCUUUGAAAGAGUUCCUAUCUACGAAGAAGACUCAAUGA